GCUCUCCUGCUCUCAUGUGCGUGUGUGCACGUCCUCGCUGAAGAAGUGCCUGCCGCCGAUCUUUCCGACCAAGUCCCUGAUACGGAGAGUGAGACAAAGAUUUGCCCUAAUGGUACUGAACUGUUUGAACCUUCUGAGCCUGGUUGUUCUGGUGGUGGUCAUCCUUCUGGUCCUCUUCUUUCCUCUGAGCCUAGUACUCUUAUUCCUUCGCUUCAGAAGGAGAGAAAUGAGGGUGGUGAGGAUAGAAUUCCUGUCACUGAAGCAUUAGGUGAAGAUAGGGGUGUGAAUCGUCAAGACAAUACUCAGGACAAUUUACAUGUUGCUGAUCAAAUAGGAAAAGAACAACAACAACUUGCUGCUUCUUCAACUACAAGACCCAAUUCUGCUGACAGUUUAACAGGGCAGGGUCCCAAUCACGAUAGAGAGCAGACUCAAGACCUAACACAUCAGGGUGGAGCGAACGAUUUAUCACCAACAAAUGAAGUACAACCUUCUCUACACAAUGGAAAAGCAGAAGAGAAAUCACACGAGAAUUCAGAGGAAGAGCACAACCUGCAAUCUACCGGUGGUGGUAAUGGAAUCCCUAAAGGUCCUCAGAUAUCUCGUACUCAGGUGCAGGAACCAUCGUCUGCAGGAACACAAGAUGCCAACGAAAAUAAGAAUAAUGCAGACAAUCAGAAUGUAUCAAGUGGAAGUACAACUACGAAUGAUGCUGCACCAACACAAUCUUCUUCAACAUCUACUGAAGCCUAUGUUACACCUUCACCUCAGGAAACUAAGGAUAAUAAUGAAUCUGGUAAUAAAAAUGCUGAGAGCGGCACUACACCUGAAGGGAAUGGGUCAACAAAUAAACCAGCUAAUGAGGAAUCAACUACCAACACCACCACGACAACAUCAACACUUCCUCCUGAACUCACAAACAACAAGAAGGGUGAUGCAGACAGCAGCAGCAGUAUCAUCAGUUCUGUGUGGGUGCGUGUACCACUACUGAUUGUGGUUACACUGGCCUGUAUUCUUGUGUGA